AUGCCUCCGGUGGUCUCGGCACCGGUCGCGGACACCACGCCCGAAUGGCUCGUGGUCUCGGAUGCUGCUGACCAGGCAGCCGAAUGCAAGCCUGCCGUCAAGGUGCCCAGCGACCAGUGGCUGCCGCGGCGUCUGUCGCAGUUGGGCAUACCGUACAUACCGCGAGAGGGAGACAAGUCGAAGGUCAAACCUGCUCACGGAAUCUCCGGAGAGGAACCUGCCGUGGAGCCGAGCAGCGAUCAGACGGGUGGCAGUCGGAGCUCGGAGAGCAGGAUUCGUCCCACACCGGGUCAGAAGAUCGCGGGCCAAAGCGAGGGCUCGAGCUCGGCCUCCAUGGCGAAGGAACGUGGCGAGAGAGGAGCCACCUCCAGCCCGACCCGUGCACACGACACAGACGCAGUGCGCAGCGAGGCGAAAGCGAGGUCCCCACGAGGAACGGAACCCAGUGUCCAGGCAACGCUGCAGACCGGAGCCACGUCCCCGUUCAGUGUACACAGCGCGACAUCUGACGAGAGGAGACCCCACGAGGACUCGGCAACUGAGCCCAAGGUCGAGUCCCCGAUUCAGCGCAGGCUGGCCGCCUCGUCUUAUGCUCCACCUCCGCCGACUAGAAGCAGGGACCAGCGGACUUUCGAGCUGGUCAACAGGGAGGACAAGCCUAACGCUAAACGGCAAGCAUUGCGGUGUUAUUAAUUUAGAGCUAUGGCAUCAAGGUGACAGCAAAGACUGUCGCUAAGGUUGGCUGUAGGAUGCAUAAAAUAAUUGGGCGCGAUGACACCAGA